AUGACAGAAUUAGAAACAAAAGGUUUUACUAUAAAAAUAGAUUGCAAUAAAUUUAAAAUAUAUGUUGUUCUUGCUCAAAUUAUUGGUGACAAUCUUGGUUUAAAUGGAAUAUUAGGUUAUCUAGAAAGUUUUACUGCAACAUACCCAUGCAGAAUAUGCAAAAUGAAACAUAAAGACUUUGACAGUAUUUUUGUUGAAUCUGUCGAAUUACUUAGAACUAGAGAUUGUUAUGAUUAUGAUGUUUCUUUACAUAAUUGUUUCCUAAAUGGUAUAAAGGAAAAGUGUUGCUUUAAUAAAAUUCCAUCAUUUCAUGUUAAUGAUAAUAUUUAUUGUGAUAUUAUGCACGAUUUGUUAAAAGGCAUUUGUAAAAAUGUUUUUCAAAAAAUGUUAAACUAUCUAGUAUUUCAGAAAAAGUUCUUUAAUCUAGGUGACAUAAAUAGCAGAAUGAGAAAUUUUUCAUAUGAUCACUCGUCAAUUCCUUCAUGUCUCACUGAGUAUCAAAUAAAAAAUGGUUCAAUUAAUAUUGGUGCAAUUGAAAUGCUAAAUUUGGUUUUAAGCUUUCCUUUAUUAGUUGGAGAUUUAGUUCCUUUUGAAGACAAUGUUUGUGUUGUUUUUUUAUUGUUAAGACAAAUUGUCCUUUACUCAUUUGGUUUGUAUUUUAGCAAACCUGAUUUAUUACAUUUUGGUUCUCUCAUUACUGAAUUUUUACAAAAAUACUGUUUUGCAUUUAAGUGUGGCUUAACUUUAAAGUUUCAUAACCUUAUUCAUUAUCCACUUAUUAUUAAAAUGCUUGGCCCGCUAAGUCAUAUGUGGGUAAUGCGUUGCGAAGGUAAAUUAAGAGGUUUUAAGAGAACUGCUUCGUCUGUAGGAAAUUUUAAAAAUGUUUGUAAAACAGUAGCUAUUAGACACCAAAUGGAUCAGUCAACUCGAUUCAUGGCAAAACAUGGCUUAAAAAAUAAUGAAUUUUGUGUUACUAAAACUGAACCUAUUUUACUAUGCCAUGUGAUUGAUGGAAAAACUAUAUCAGAGUUGAUUGGUAAUUAUGGGUUGUACAGAGAAAUUUUUCAGACAAAGUGUGUUUCUGUUAACUUUGUUAGCUUUAAAAUUGGUGAUGUUGUUAUAUAUGCAGUUGAAGAAUUAUAUCCUGCAUUUUGUCUAAUCAAACAAAUUUUCGUAUCUGAUACUAAUUUAUUUGAUUUGUCAAAAGUUGUUUAUUAUAACUGA